AGGUUACGUGACGGUAAAGAAAUGGGUCGUGUGAUUAGGGCACAGCGUAAGGGUGCUGGUUCCGUUUUCAAGUCCCACACUCACCACCGCAAGGGUCCAGCUAAGUUCCGGAGCCUCGAUUACGGCGAGCGAAAUGGUUACCUCAAAGGAUUGGUGACCGAAAUCAUCCACGACCCAGGCCGUGGUGCUCCUCUCGCUCGCGUCGCGUUCCGUCAUCCUUUCCGCUACAUGAAGCAGAAGGAGCUGUUCGUAGCCGCCGAAGGUAUGUACACCGGACAAUACCUCUACUGUGGUAAGAAGGCUAAUCUUAUGGUCGGUAACGUUCUUCCCCUUGGAUCAAUCCCUGAGGGAGCUGUUGUCUGCAACGUUGAGCUCCAUGUCGGUGACCGUGGCGCUCUCGCUAGGGCUUCUGGUGAUUACGCCAUCGUAAUUGCUCACAAUCCUGACAGCAACACCACUAGGGUUAAGCUUCCUUCUGGAUCGAAGAAGAUUUUGCCAAGUGCUUGCAGAGCAAUGAUUGGGCAAGUUGCAGGUGGAGGAAGAACAGAGAAGCCACUUCUCAAGGCUGGAAAUGCAUACCACAAGUACAAAGUGAAGAGGAACUGUUGGCCUGUUGUGCGUGGUGUUGCGAUGAACCCAGUGGAACAUCCCCACGGAGGAGGAAACCACCAGCACAUUGGUCACGCCAGUACGGUCAGGCGUGAUAAAUCUGCUGGGGCUAAGGUUGGUCAAAUUGCUGCAAGGAGAACUGGUCGUCGCAGAGGUACAGCUGCAUUAGCAGCCAAGGCAGACUACUAGACUUGACUUGAGACACACUCUUCUCUGCUUUCUUGAUUUUGUUUCUGUUAGAUUCUUAGCACCCCAUUGUUGCCGUUUACUUUAGUAUAACUGUCUUUUUUUGUGUUGAGAGCUUAUGAGCUUCGUAUUGAAUCUACCC